UUGAGCUCAUUCAUAUAAUCAACUUUGAUUCGAAGAAAUAUAACAAAAUAUUACAACAUGGUUAGAGCUCCUUAUUUUGACAAAAAUGGAACAAAAAAAGGUGCAUGGAGUAAGGAAGAGGAUGAGAGACUUAUUGCUCACAUUGAGAGACAUGGCCAUCCUAAUUGGCGUCAACUUCCCAGAGUUGCAGGUUUGGCAAGAUGUGGAAAGAGUUGUAGGUUGCGUUGGAUGAAUUAUCUGAGGCCAAAUCUAAAACGAGGGAACUAUACACAGAAGGAGGAACAAAUGAUCAUGGAAUUGCAUAAAAAGCAUGGAAAUAAAUGGUCUCUUAUAGCUGAAAAUCUACCUGGAAGAUCUGACAACGAGAUAAAGAAUUACUGGCACAGCCACCUACAGAAAUUCUCAAAGUGCAAUGACUCUAAGCUCACACAAGAGAUUGAAAGUCCAAAAACGACAAGUGAAGUUGUUAGUGUUGAUUCUCACCACAUUUUGGAAAGUUCAUUUUCAAUGUCUUCUGAAAUGUCCUACCCUAAUAAUAAAGUCAAUUCCCCUUCAAUUUCCUCUAGUCAUGUAGAAUCAAACAUGGACUUCUACAAAAGAGAUCAAGAUAGUGUUGUUUCUUGGGAAACAUGGGAUGGAUUCAGUAAUAAUUUUUGGACUGAACCGUUUGUUUAUGAAAAUGCAUUAGGUCAAGAUUACUUUCCCAUUUCAUGUUAUGAAGAAGAGGUAGAGGAUCCAUUUGUUUUAUGGUAGCGCAAAUGUGUAAUACUCUCUGUGAUCUUAUUUAUAAAAAAUAUUUGGGUCAACAAAAGUUGAUGUAUGUGGUUCUAAAUAUGGACGAGAAACAUCCACUUUUAUUGAUCAAUAUUUCUCUUAUAAAUAUAGGAUCGGAGGGAGUAUAUAUUUUACUUCAAUGGUGACGCUAAAGUUUACAUGUUACACCCGGUAAAUAAUAGAAAGCAAAUAUUAGGUUGUG